GAAUUGUUUUAAAUAUCUUAAUCGUAAUUCUCAGAAAGUAACAUGAGGAUGUGAGUUCGGUCUGAUGUGACUGAAAUAUAAACGGUGCUCUCCUCCUCCUCCUCCUUCUCCUCCCUCCUCCUCCUCCUUUACAUCGGACUCGACACAUUCUUUCUCCGCCCGGGCCGUUUGCGGUCACACUGACCGGUAGCAGUGUCGACAUUUCCCAGCGUGCCGUGAACGCAGCACAACGACCCGAGCGGAGCGUGAGGCGUGUUUGGCAAGGACACACACACACACACACACACACACAUAUACACACACACACACAUACAGGAUGACAUUACUGCAAGUUACCAGCUUGUAACCAGCCGUGACUACCACACACAACUUAACCCGGAGAGGCAGAGCGUGUGGACGGACGUCAGCCGGUAAAACAAAGGUUUGUUGAGGUAGAGCGUCUGCUGCUGAAUCAUCCGGAGUCAUCAGGUCCUCAGGAUACAGUCUGUGUGUCUUUGCCGUGUCCUCCGUACUUUGGGUGAUGGUCAGCUGGUGAUCGGGGUUUGCCCCGGCCCCUGUGGCGGAUGGCUGUGAGCAGAGGGGGCGUCGCCUUCUGGGUGGGUUGUAUCCGCAGCCAUGGGAGAAGGCAACCCAUCAAGAACCAAUGCUGGAGUCUGAGUCAGACGUCUGACUGCCCGUGGAUCCGUCAGCCACGGCCCCUGAGCAGUGCAUCAUGGGCCCUGUCGCCCCCGAACAGCCUGAGAUAUCAGAACAUUAAGCAGCCCGUGCUGUCCCACCCGUUCCACCAUGCCAGCCAGCCUCAGAGAGGAAGUUAUUACGAGGGGGACCUGGAGGAGUCGCUCGGCGUGUGUGUGCUGGUGCUGCGGGGCGAGUCCGACGGCCUCCACACCCUGCUGGAGAUGCCACUGUCCGGUCACAAUAAACUAGGAGAGCUCCUCGCUCUGGAGGCUCAUAAACCGUCCGAGUUCUCUUUCCCGUUGACCACGGUGGACGGCAGCAGAGAGGACGACAUCAGCGUCGACAGCUUCAGGAGAAACAGCUUUGACGCUGUAAAGAGAGAACAUGGCUGUUUCCGAAAUCUGUUCGAGGCAGAGAGGUGUCCCGCACCGUUCAUGUACGGCUCUCACUUUUAUUGUUUUCAUUGCCCCGGCACGGAGCCCGUACCUGGCAGCGGGCUGAAAUCCAGGCAGGAUAUUGGACUAGACAACAAGCCUGUGGAGCUGUCUCUGCUGCCACCUAUCACUGUAUGUAGCUACGCCGAGAGAGCAGAGGGGGAGCAUAACCGAGGAGACCGAGAAGGGGAGGAGGAGCUGGCCAUGAUGUACGAAAGACUGAGGAUAGAGCUCCCAAGAUUCUUUGUAAAGAACCACGAUUACACCAUGUACUCGAACGACGUGGAGUUCAUCAACGGCCUCAUAAACACAAAGACCAGAGGCCGCGUGGUGUACCAGCUCACCCUCUCCCUGUGGCGCUUCCUCUGUCUGUGCUACAACGCCCAGCUUCAGCUGGAGGUGCUGAAGCUCACCAAGCACGCGGAGGACAAGACGAUUAAGGCUCGCUGGAGGGUCAGGGGUCUUCCCUUCCACUCUCUGCUGCUGCGCUUCUAUCGGAAAGACAAAUCUCAGCUGUACAGGUCGUAUGACGCGUUCUCUACGUUUUACAUCGGGCAGGACGGACUCAUUCACUGUCAUAAAGUUGAAAAGGUAAUGCCGGCUCAGCCGCCUGUCCUGUCCAGAGUAACCUCUCUCCUGGCCGGAGCUCUGGUGGCACUCGGGGUGCAGGAGCAUCGACCUGCCCUCAACCUGCUGCCCCUUCUCCUGUCCUCGCUACGACAGAACAGAAACUGACCCCAGGGACGGUCAUUGGAAUCAACAUGUGUCCGAGGUCCACGUGACUCUAAAGAGUUAAUUCAUUCUCAACAUAGGAACACGUUAACACGGAGGGUUUGGUUAAACACAAAGUCAAGACUUCACACUGGUUUUCAUUUUUUCUAAUUAUACUUUAAUUAUCAUUUGAAAUUAUGAAAGUGGCCGACAUCCCAUGGAGAAUUACAUGUUGUGAAUGUUUCUAGACAAAUGAGAAGAAAUGUUCCACCAUGUAACUCUUCUUUAAACCUCAUUUUUUAAUUUUUACAGUUCGGUUUACGCACAAGAUAAACUAACGGGGCACGUUGUGUUAAUCAGUGAGGUGUUGAUGUUUUGGCCAGAGCCAGGCUAGCUGCCUUCCCCUGCUUUAUGCUAAGCUACAUCCUGAGUCCAGCUCACACAGGCAUGGGACACGUCUUUCUGUCGUAAGUCAGUCAUCUGUCAUCUUCUGUCAGGAAGUGAAUCUCCCCAAAUGUUGAAUUAUUACUGUAAAUACCCCACCUCGGUGUUGCAGUGGCUUCAUGUGGAUCAGUGAUUUCCCAACCUGGGUCAGGUCCCGGAGAAGCUGGCGUGUUUAACACCACAUACUGCUUUCGAGAUCAUUACAUCGUAAUCUCGUUUUCCAUAAUACGGUCUGAUUUGUCAGUGAGAAUAAACUCAAAGAUGAUUUAAAUGUUUUUACUAAACUUGCCAAAGUUUGAAUUGGGAGAUUUUCAGUCAGCAGGUGCUUUAUUCUGCCUGUCUGGCUCCCGUCACGUAGUAGCACAGGUAGAAUAUAAUACAAGUAAAGGGAUAGUUCAGGUAUUUUUUAAGUGGGGUCGUAUGAGGAACUAAUCAGUGUGCCACCCACAGUUUGUAUUCCUACACAUGAUCAGCUCUUAGCACUCUGUAUCUUUGAAAUCUUUUAGAAAAGUUUGAUUUCAGUCUGAUCUCAUAACUUUCAGACUCUCUGGCACCAAAGUAAAGUGGUGAAAAUAUUCUCAAUAUAGCGAAAACCUAAACAGACUUUGAGUUUUUUUAGAUGAAUACAGAGAAAUACCUAAUAAUAGAUACUUCGAAGUACCUGAACUAUCCUUGUUGACUGUCAUGAGUCUCAUACAGAUGUCUUUACGUCCCCUCCGACUCUUCUUUAUCUUCUGGCAGAACGUUCUGGCCACAUUUCCUCCAUCAUGUCUCUCACACCUGUAAGCUUCACCAGCGUCAAAAGGCUUUUCUCGUCUUCCCAUAGUUGAUUCUUGCAAACAUCAGAAAUCCAAGGUGUCCUUGAUUUGUGAGAGGAUGAGAAUAUGAUCUGUACACACACAUGGGAAGACACGUUGUGGGUCAGAGUGUGUUUUUUUGUUUGUUUGUUUGGAGAUCCGAUUCGCUUUGUAUGUUGUGAUUGUUGGAAAUCUCUUCAAAUCAAAUGAUCCUGAUUUUUCAGAGAUGUCAAAGCACCUUUGCAGACAGUCGUCGAAACACUGGACGUCCAUCCAUUUCCAAUUCAGCUCAACAACCGGGCUCGUGUGUUGAGAAAAUAAUCAAACAAAGUAGUUUUGCUGGGAAGUAUAAUCAGAAUAUUGAUGACAGCUCAGUACUUUGCAAUAGGAAUAAAUGUAAGGAAGUGCCUGGAGAGCAGCUGCAUUAGAAGAUGAAGACAGAGAGCGAGCAGCACCACGAUGAGACACAAACAAGAUCAUUAAUGGUUCGAUUUGAUCGCUGAUGAAUGCACCUUCACUUCUUUGGUGUUAGUUUUAGUCAAAGUCGAUACUUUUAAUUUGAAUUUGUCUGUAGUGGGGAGUUAAAUCACCUUUUGAGCUUCGAAGGUACUACGUACUAGUUUCACACACCCCUAGCUCAUACAAUGACAAGUUACCUGAUUAUUACCAUGUAAUAUACAAUAUGUAUCAAUAGGUUAGACUCUCUAGUCUUUUUGGUUUUGUGGUAAUUUCCAAAAAGAAGCUGCAAAAACAAAGUGCAUGUCCAGGCAGAAAUGACAGCAGAGUACACAACUGAAACUUUAAGAAUACAAAGACGAGACGUCCAGAAUGUCGCAAUCCCAAAUAAGUUUUAGUCAUGAUGGAGCAGAGUUUGUCCUGACGCAAUUCAGCUCGACUUUGAAGCGUAAAAAAGUGGCAGAAGCUCGCCGUCACUGUCAUAAUAAAUGGAUAAAAUGAAGUCUCUCACGUUGGUCCGUGCCAUUUAAUAGUUUUGUAGACAGAUGUAAACAUCUGCCAAAUCAUCCCCCUCAGUGGUGGGGACAGACUCACAAGGUAGAAACCAGCCAUAUACAUGCAUAGACUAUAAACUCAUCAGUCGAUCAGGCCAUCUGCUUUGUGAAAUGCUAAAAACAACCAAAAAAAGCAAAUUUAUUAUUGUAUUGCCAACAAACACUUGACCGACCGACAGACUCUGUGGACAAUGAACGACUCUGCAUGGAUGCAUGGUUCUAGACUCCAAGCAGUCCAUUGGAAAAGACCUGAGCUGAACAGUGUCUGCGUAGGAGCAGUUUUUCUUUAAGUUGUAGCUCAGUGAUUUUAGCUGUACAUACUGAGGCCGGGCACCUUAGCAACACGCGUUGUGACUUCACUGUUGACUUCCACACGGCUCCGUAAUAUUUAGUGCUUCUUAAAAACCGAGCAAUAAAGCAUGCUGUAAGAGUAGUGUGUGUGGUACGUCAGGGAAUGGACGUUCUCUCCGACGUGUAUUUAUCAGCCGUUGUAUAUCUGUAUAGAAACAUGACUCAUCAGGUUCUGUGUCGCUUCAUUUCCACAUGUACUGCUGCUGCAAUAACUCCACUGUGUGAAUCCUGGUUGUGUGAAUAAAAUAAACUUAUGAUUUAACAAUGA